AUGUCAAUCAACGAAGUCCCAGUGAUAAAACAACGUCCUGCACUACCUGAUCUUGAUAAAAUUCAGGCAAGAGCACCACGUGCUACCAUCGCUGCUUCGCGCGAGAAACCAGAUGGCACACAAGGUCGAAAUAUCAGGAAUCGAACGGUGCUUUUCUGA